UGUGAGUUCAUCGACCUACCUUAUCCACAUCUUCAUCUGCUAUAUCAUCUUCAGUUCGCUAUGAGCUUCUACCUUUGCAUUGUCUUGCCAUGGCAUUUGGUUCCGGCAAUACCCCCAUGAAUUGGGUUUGCUUACAUUUGCUUCUUCCGUUGGUUUGCUCAGUAAGUUCAGUUCUUUGUGGCACACUGGUCAAGUCUAUUCCGGGUUUCGAUGGUGAUCUUCCCUUUAAGCUCUACACUGGGUAUGUGAGUGUGGGUGGAUCAGAGAUGUUUUACUACUUCAUUGAGUCAGAAGGAAACCCCAAAGAAGACCCUUUAUUGCUGUGGUAUAGUGGAGGCCCUGGUUGUUCUGUUCUCAGUGGUAUCAUCUAUGAAAAUGGUCCUCUAGUGUUCAAUUAUACAGGUUAUGAAGGAGGCUUACCAUCCACAUAUUACUACCCAUACUCAUGGACAAAGACUGCAAGUGUAUUAUUUGUGGAUGCACCUGUAGGCACCGGUUUCUCCUAUGCAACUAGUGCUGACGAAUACCCUUCUUCAGAUUUGAAAGCAGCAGCACAGGUUACUGGUUUUUUGAGGAAGUGGAUGGAAGAACACCCAGAAUUCCUCAAACUUCAGCUAUUUAUUGGGGGUGAUUCAUAUGCAGGCCUAACUGCCACCAUGGUUGUCAAAUACGUAGUAGAUGACAAUGAUGCCGGAGUACUGCCACGACUCAACCUCAAGGGCUAUGUUCUAGGGUGUCCACUAACUGAUCAAGCUCUUAAUGCGAAUUCGAAGUAUGUUUUUUCUCAUCGGAUGGGGCUUAUAUCAGAUGAGCUCUAUCAGGCAGCUAAAGAAAGCUGCAAUUCAAGUUUCUAUGAAGUUACCACAUCAGAGCCAGAAUGCUAUGAGAAUACACAAUUGAUAGCAAAGCAACUUAAAGACAUAAACAAACUCUGCAUUCUUGAGCCGAAGUGCACGUGGGCAUCCCCAGGCCAAGAUGAAGAAACAGCUCGUAGAUUUUUAUAUGAAAAUCCUGGAGAAUUCAUCCGGUCACUUCCAAAAGAUCCUGAAUACUACUGUCGAAACUUCGGUUAUAUGCUGGCUUAUGUAUGGGCAAACGAUGGAAGUGUACAAAAGGCACUUAAUGUCAGAGAGGGAACAGUACUAGAUUGGAAGAGAUGCAAUAAAAGCUUGUCAUACACAAAAAAUGUGGACAGUGUCAUUGAUAUUCAUAAAUAUCUGAGUACCAAAGGAUUACAAGCUCUGAUAUUCGCUGGUGAUCAUGACCUUACAGUUCCAAAUACCGGUACGGAAAAAUGGAUAAGAGAUUUGGAUUUGCCUGUUGUCAAUGAUUGGAGACCAUGGCUAGUUGAUGGUCAAAUUGCGGGAUACACCGUCAAGUAUUCAAGUAAUGGACACCGUUUGACUUAUGCAACUGUAAAGGGAGCUGGGCACUCGGCUCCAGAAUACAAGCGUAGGGAGUGUUAUCUCAUGUUUGAUAGGUUCAUCCAUUACUAUCCCAUCUGAAGAAGAUGUUAGAGAGCAUGAAGAUGAUCAAGGAUGGAUUCUCCCUAGCCCCUGUUCUGAUGUACAAUUUUAUCUUGAUUAUUAAUAAACUUCAUUGAGUUUGCUAUCAUGUUUUUAUAGUUUGAUUAUAAACCCUCUCCAAUUUUAGCUCGUCAAUUUUUAGGUACAUUACUUUGUUUCUUGGUCCGAUUUGAUUGCGUUCUCAGU